AUGGAAACAGUGAAGGUUGAAGAUUUUGGGCCUGAAUCAGAAGUGGAGGAUUUAGGGCGAUAUGUUGAUGAAAUAUCCACCACUGUCAAUCGGCUCGAGCAAAAGGUCAAUGAUGUUGAACAGUUCUACUUGACUACGGAUAAUAUGGAGUUGACUGUUACCAAAUCUAAUUCAGCUUGUAAGGAAAAAGUCCAGGAAAAACAGCUUACCGGCACUGAGAAGCAGCGGCAAGAAGUAUCACAUAGAAAAGCUGCUUCUAUGAAGAGAAUGCAGGAACUUAUGCGCCAAUUUGCCACAAUUUUACGGCAGAUAACUCAGCACAAAUGGGCACAUCCUUUUAUGCAUCCAGUUGAUGUUGAAGGUCUUGGGUUGCAUGACUAUUAUGAGGUAGUUCAGAAGCCUAUGGACUUUGGUACAAUAAAAAGCAAGAUGGAGGCUAAAGAUUGUACUGGGUACAAGAAUGUACGUGAACUUUAUUCUGAUGUUAGAUUGGUUUUUAAGAAUGCCAUGAAAUACAAUGAUGAAAGACAUGAUGUCCACAUAAUGGCCAAAACUUUAUUGGAAAAAUUUGAGGAGAAGUGGCUGCAACUUUUGCCUAAAGUGGCCGAGGAGGAGAAAAGACUGGUCGAGGAGGAAGCAAAAGCAGAGCAAGAUGUGAAGCUGGCACAAGAGGCAGUUCAUGCUAACAUGGCCAAAGAGUUGAGCAAUGAACUUUGUGAGGUCGAUUUGCAAUUGGAGAAACUCAGACAGAUGGUCAUUCAGAAAUGCAGGAAAAUGUCGACCGAAGAGAAAAAGAAACUUGGGAUGGCUCUCACCCGAUUGUCUCCUGAAGAUCUUAGUAAGGCUCUUGAGAUCGUUGCUGAGAACAAUCCAGGGUUUCAACCAACAGCACAAGAGGUGGAUCUUGAUAUAGAUGCACAGAGUGAAUUAACUUUGUGGAGAUUAAAGUUUUUUGUUCAAGACAAAUUAAAACAUGCUGGAAAGUGCUCUGAAGUUGUGGACUGCAACAAUAUAAAUAAUAAUGAGAAUACCGUCAAGAGCAACUCCAAAAGAAGAAGAGAGAUGUCCGAUGCUCUUACGAAGAAUGCCAUAAAGAGAAAUAGGAAGCUCUCUCCCAACUCAUGAGUUGCAGGCAAGUAUUAUAGUGUGUCCUUCGGUUAACCAUUGAAGUUGCCCAGUGUCUGAAUAUUAAUUAUUUUUAAAUGUAAUGUGGUAGUUGAGAAUUGGAGUUAUGGUGGUGGUAGAACUCGUUACAACUAUGUGAAGGGUACAUAAAUUUUGAUUACCGUCCCUUGUAUAUUUCUUUUUUACCUUUUCAUAGUAUUGAAGGGCAAAUAAUGAUAUG